UAACAAUACCACUAUAAUAAUUCUAUUUUAGUCGUCAUUUUCCAUUUAAAGCUCGUAUUUUCAUGUUAAACUCGUGUAUUGUGAAGGGCGCUCCGGAUGUCCGAGGAGCUGCGCGUAAAUUGGCUUUGGGGUCCGGGCUCAGAUCAGCUGUUAUCGCCUCUCCGCGGGUUCGUUUCUCUUCCAGGGUCUUUGGAGCGGGUCCAGCGGGUUCUGAAUGGAGCAGAUCGGCCCACGGGACCGGACCGGGCCGAGCCGAGCGGGGCCAGCCCGGGAGAGAGGCGUGCAGACGGACAGCAGAGGACAAGGUCAGGCUCCUCGUCUGUCCAAAGGAAACCUCUUCACUCUGCUCAGUUUGUGGAUGGAGAUUUUCCCUCAGGAUCAAACAGAAGACGAUCAUCAUCAGCAGCAGCAGCAGCAGCAGCAGCAGCAGCAGAUAAACCCGGUGGGUCUGGUGGUGGUGAAGGACGGUAAAGUGGUUGGUCUUCACUCUUCAGGCUCGGAGCUUCACGCUGGACAAGCCGCCGUCUUAGACCACGGAGCCAAACUGUCUCAGAGCAGUUUGUAUUUCUCCAGACGCCCGUGUGCCACCUGCCUCAAGAUGAUCAUCAACGCCGGUGUGAGUGAGGUCUGCUUCUGGCCCGGGGAUCCUGAGGUGUCCAUGUUGAGAGCGCAGCCUUCAGAAAACUACACGUCCCAUGAUGCUUCAGUGCUCAGGAUCUCAGAGGAAGCAGCUUUAGACGCUCUGGCCUCAGACAAACUCAAGUCGAACAGUCGGGCUCACAUCUGCGUCCCGCUGCAGCCGCUGGCGCCCGGACUCGCCCAGUUUGUGACCGAAACCUCAAAAAACGGAGAUUUUAUGGAGAAAAUCGCAGAAGACGAAGCCGGAGUGGAUCUAGAGCAGAUUUACAACAGGGAGCGUUUGAGGGUUCUGUCUCUGCUCUCGUCUCGGUUCUUGGUGGGUUCUUCAGAGGAACAUCAGGAGCUCUUGUCCCUCAUGAGUCUGGAGAACUUCCGUGUGGAUCCGUACUUCUGCGGUUUGAGACACAACAUGGAGCAGCUGGUGCAGGUCCUGUCGGCCGUGAUCGCAGGAGUCCCGCGCUACAAGGACUACGGCUUCUACAGGUCGAGUUCAGAUGCUCCUCCUCAGUCUCAGUCUGGUCCAGAUCCUGGUCCGGUCUCUGGUCCGGUCUCUGGUCCGGUCUCUGGUCCGGUCUCUGGUCCGGUCUCUGGUCCGGUCUCUGGUCCGGUCUCUGCAGAGGUGGCGGUUCACUGCAUGGUCCAGGCUCGGCUCCUGUCCUACAGAACAGACGACCCCAAAGUGGGCGUCGGCUCCGUCAUCUGGGCCAAAAGGAAACACUCCUGUCCUGGCUGUGGUCCCGCUCUCAUGGGGGGUCUGUACCUGGUUGGCUGUGGUUUUAACGCUUACCCGUCUGGAUCACACUUCAACGAGUUUCCUCAGAUGGACGACAAACAAGAAGAUCGACAGAGACGGAAAUACAGAUACAUCAUCCACGCGGAGCAGAACGCGCUCACCUUCAGGUAUGGGGAUGUGGCUUGUUGCUCGGCGUCUCUGCUCUUCGUGACCAAGUGUCCGUGUGACGAGUGUCUCCCUCUGAUCCGAGCGGCCGGAGUCUCUCACAUCUACAGCCCCGACCUGGACCAGGGACGAGACAAAGGAGACAUCUCCUACAGGACCUACCAGCACCUGCAGCACGUCCACAAGCACGCCUGGCAGAGGAGUCCAGGUCCUCGCUCGUCGUCUCACUACAUCAACGGGUUUUUGGGGAAACACAGUCUUCAGGAGCCAGAACGUCAAAACUCCAAGAAGCUUUGCACUCACCGAACCCCAGACUCACACGGAGAAUAAUCCAAAAAAAAAAAGGACACAAAUUUUCAAAAAUCAUCCACAUUUUCUGCCAAAGCUGUGAGAGUGAUUUGCACAUCCGUUCGUGGCGUCACGUUUCGCCGCUUUGUGAAUUCUGUUCAUUUAAACCGAAUCUGAAUCGUGAAAGUUUCAUCAGAACGGUUUUUAACGAGACCAGAUUUUAAAACACGGAACAAAAAAACUGUCAAGAAAUGUAGCAGAAAGUUCAACGAGUGACCUCACGGGGGAUCUGAGAUUUUUAUUUUUUUUUUAACUAAAAGGGAAUCAGAGUGGGAGGGCAUCAGGUGUAAGAUUUAUCACAAAAUCAUCGAAAAAAAACAAAAUGUGAAACGUCCAAAUUUACAAAUCACAAAGAUCAGAAUAAUUUAAAAAACGACUGAGAAAACAACAGAAAACCUGCGCCACAAAGUCCUGGUUUAGUCCUGAUUUAGUCCUGGUUUAAUCUUUGGUUUAGUUUGGUUUUGGUCCUGGUUUAGUCCCUGGUCCAGUCUUGAUUUAGUCCUUGGUUUAGUCCAGUUUUGGUCCUGGUUUAGUCCUGUUUUAAUCCUAGUUUAGUCUCUGGUCAAGUCUUGGUUUAGUCCUGGUUUAGACCUGGUUUAAUGCUGGUUUAGUCUCUGUUCUGGUCUUGUUUUAGUUCCUGGUUUAGUCCCUGGUCCUGUCUCGAUUUAAUCCUGGUUUGGUUCCCGGUCUAGUCCUGGUUUAGACCCAGUUUAAUGUCCUUUUAGACCUGGUUUAGUCCCUGGUCCAGUCUUGGUUUAGGCCUGAUUUAGACCUGGUUUUGUUCUCGUUUAGUCCUGGUUUAAUGCUCUUUUAAUCCUGUUUUAGUCCCUUGUCCAGUCUUGAUUUAGUCCUGUUUUGGUCCUGUUUUAGUCCUUGAUGUAUUUCUUGGUUUAGUCUUGGUUUAGUCCCUGGUUUAGUCCUGGUUUAGUUCUUGGUUUAGUCCUGGUUUAGUCCCUGGUCCAGUCUUUAUUUAGUCCUGGUUUAGUUUUUGGUCUAGUCCUGGUUUAGUUCUUGGUUUAGUCCUGGUUUAGUCCCUGGUCCAGUCUUUAUUUAGUCCUGGUUUAGUUUUUGGUCUAGUCCUGGUUUAGUGCUGUUUUGGUCCUGGUUUAGUCCUGGUUUAGUCCCGGUCUAGUCUUUGUUUACAUCGUGGUUUCUCGGUCACAUUUGCUGCUGUGUCCAACCAGGAACUAAAACUAUAAAUAUCACCAAAAUAAUAAUUUUUAAAAAUCUGAAUUUAUUCUUCAAAUCUUAAAUAAAAUCACGUUUUUAAUCAAAUGAGGGAAUAAAAAUGGAGGAUUCUGACUUGUCACGUGCACUUUAAACGGAACCUCUGAUUGAGAAACGGGCGCAGAACUAGAACAGAUCGACGAUAGGAUGAAAAAAAAAAUAAUAAUAAUAAUAAUAAUUGAGUUUUAUUUGAUUUAAAUUAAAACAUAAAUAUAUAAACAGAAGAUAUUUGUGAGGGCGCAUGCUUUUAUUUUUGUAUUUUAAAGAUUAUUUAAAGGUGACGUAUAUUUAUAUUUAUUUGCGGGGGAAAAUCAGUGUCAUAGAAUUUAAACUCAUCCGUUCAUCGGCCUCCCCCUCCCCAGACGCUUCCUGCACAGAGGACGGAGGAAAGUGAAAGUAGAAGUGAAAGUUGUGAUUUAAAACGUAAAAAAUUGGACCUGCUGAAGAUCGUUCUGUAUUUUCUGUAAUAAACACAAAAAUAUGGCAAAAAA